UUUUGCUCCAUCUGCUACUUUUUUACUGUUAUUUUGCUCAUUACUGUUGGUUUCUCGAGUUUUUUACAUAUACAUGUGUUGAUUGCUUGGUUUAUUCAGGUUUAUGAUUGAUAAUGUAUAUUUUGGUUUGAAUACAUGUACUUGUUUUGACUUGGAUUGAGUGCUGAAUUGCUUGUUGCUAGUUCAUUCAUAGUUUUCAUCUGGGUAGUCUUUGUUCUCCUGGAAUUUGCUUGAAAAUGUAGAGUUAACACCAUGUUGGAAUGGUAGAUUUGCUGGUAACUCUGCCAUUUCUCCCUUCCAUUUUGAGAUCGAGUGGUUGAAUGCUACAAUGGUAUUGCAGCUGUUCUUUUGUUUAAGCUAUCAUCAAACAAUUGUAUCAUGUGAAGUGAAACUGAGAUUGGUGUGCAAGUAGCAGGAGCAAUUUAACAAUUUUGUGCCUGAACCUUGCCUUUGCUAGUUGAAGAUUCAUUGCUUUUUGUUCAUACAAGAGGAAACAUGAUACUGUGUUUUAGGUCCUUUUGCUGUUUUUCUUGAUUUUCAGUCCUUGCUGCAAAUCCAAGUUACUGUCUAAUCUCUUAAGGAGGCAGAUUAAUUAGCAUAGAAUCCCUGAAAAUAGUAACUUGCAGAAAGUUGAUUUUGUGUUAAUUAUGUUUAUCAGGAUAGACUAUUGAGGGGAGAUAAAAUUGUGUUCCUGAUUUAGAUAGAGAGACAGUUUUACUAGCAUUGACGAUCGAGGGGAAUAAUACAAUGGCCCCAGGAGGCAUCAUCAACAAGGAAGAGAUCGAGUCACGCAUUGCGUACUUGGAUCAUGAUACGGGCCAUCCGGCGACUUCUAAUGCUGAGUUAAGAGGCUCCCCUUUUAGAAAAGCUGCAACACCUUCCACUGGGAAUCCUGGAAAACAAUCAACUAGUAACAUGCAAGACCUUCUUGAUUGUCCUGUUUGUUUCACCAUAAUGUAUCCUCCAAUUUUCCAGUGUCCAAAUGGCCACACUCUAUGUUCACACUGCAGGGCCAGAGUGAAGAACUCUUGCCCAAUUUGCCGAGGAGAACUAGGAAAUAUAAGGUGCUUGGCUCUGGAGAAAAUUGCCGAGUCAAUAGAACUCCCCUGCAAAUACCAAAGUAUGGGAUGUUGUGACAUAUUUCCCUACUACAGCAAGCCAAAACAUGAAAAGAACUGCAAAUAUCGCCCAUACAACUGCCCUUAUGCUGGAGCUGAAUGUUCUGUCACCGGUGACAUCCCGCUCCUUGUCAAGCAUCUCAGAAACGAACACAAAGUUGACAUGCAUGAUGGAUGCACCUUCAAUCACAGAUAUGUCAAGUCUGAUCCCCGAGAAAUCGACAAUGCCACAUGGAUGUUAACUGUUUUCAAUUGUUUCGGCCGACAGUUUUGCCUGCACUUUGAGACAUUUCAUCUAGGAAUGUCACCUGUUUACAUGGCCUUCCUGAGAUUCAUGGGUACAGAAGAUGAGGCAAGAGAAUUUAGUUACAGUCUUGAAGUUGGUGGAAAUGGUAGAAAGCUUACAUGGCAAGGAGUUCCGAGAAGUAUCCGGGAUAGCCAUCAGAAAGUUCGAGACAGCCAAGAUGGAUUGAUCAUUCAGAGAAACUUGGCACUUUUCUUUUCUGGAGGGGAACGGCAGGAGUUAAAACUGAAAGUUUCUGGACGGAUAUGGAAAGAACAGUGAGAUAUAACAUAGAAACUUAAUGUACUUGGAAAAUAAAUGGAAGAUAGGAAAUUUAUAUGCACUGUAAAUAAGUAGCAUAAGUUGCUUACAAUUUUAAGAGAAUUAAAUUCGUCUACAUGACAGGUUCAAGUGGGCA